AUGCAAAAGGCAAUUCAUAAAUUUUGUGGUUUUCUUGAACAAAUUCAACUGAGGCAACAAAGUGGAACAACUGAGGCAAAUAUGGUCACUGAAGCGAAGCAGAUGUAUCAUGCAAUACAGAAAAAACACUUCACAUUUGAUACAUGUUGGGAGAUUUUGUGCCAAAGUUGUAAGUGGGAUGAAUUUCGACAAAAAAAAAGCACGCAACAUGCUAAUCCAUGUUCGAAUCCACCAAGUGAAUAUGAGGCUUCUCAAUCCAACCAGAAUAAUGCGGUGCACGAACAACCAUCUAAUACAUCAACACGACCAAUUGGUACUAAGGCAACGAAACAGAAGUUGAAGAAUCAAACAACGCACGAUAGUAGAUUUGAUGAAAUGGCUGCCAACCAAUCCAAAAUUGUUGAAGUGUUAUCAACUAUCUCCGCUAGAACUAUUCAGCGAGAUGAACAAAAGGCGAUAGAUCGUGAGCAGAAGGCUGCAGAGCGUCGAAGAAAGACCGAAGAUAGGAAGGAACAACUAAAACUCCUAUCUAUGAUGAAUGAAAGAGAACAACGAAAUGAAAAUCAUAAAAUUAUGUCAAUGGACAUGACAAUUUUAAAUCCCAUACAAAGGGCGUACUACGAAGAUCUUCAACGACAGAUUUUAUUUCGAUCAACUAAUAGAUUGCCUUGA